UCUCUAUCCCACAACUCCAACACAAACUCCAACCCCAACCAUCACAAUGAAGUUCACUCUCGCCGCCGCCUCCGUCCUCCCCUUCCUGGCCGCCGCCGCCCCCUCCCAGCCCAAGGCGGCCCGGGACACCACCACCUUCAGCGUCAUGUCCGCCCGCUCCGGCUCUCCCAUUCACCUCCUCCCCCUCAACGCCGCCGGCGGUGCUUUCUACCUCGGCGGAGAGACCUCCUCCUACUGCCCUAUUGCCUCCGGCUGCCCCGCCGGCACCGAGACUGUCUUCGCCGGUGACGGUUCCUCCCUGGACGUCGAAGUCCCCGGUGGCCAGCAGGUCUACGUCAACCCCUCCGGCGCUCUGAGCUUCACCGUGCCCCACUCCGCCUACAUCCCUACCGGCUCCUCCACCGGCCCCUUCACCUACGCCCCCAGCAAGCCUUUCGGCACCUGGUCUUUCGGAAAGGGCUUCAUGGCUUGCCCUACCAAGGAUAGCAAGUGGCAGGUCUUUGCUGCUUCUCAGAACGCUACCGUUCCUCAGGGCAACGUGAACGACUGCCUUGGCUUUGAUGCUUUGGCUGUUGCUGGCAAUGGCUCGGUUGCUGCUUGGGAGUACAUCUAAAUUAGAUCUGCCUAGAUGGUAGAUUGGUUUGAGAUGGGGAUGGUGGUAUAUUUGGGGGUGAUUGUCUAUAGUUAGCCUGUCUUGCUUGGUAUAGGUCGUUGGUUUUGCUAUUGUAUUUACUUCUAAAGUGAAAUAUUCUUUUUUUGGAUGUUGAGUAAAAUAUUUUGUCAUGUGUUAUAUGAUGUAUUCAGUAGGCUGAAGAUAUAGGCUAAAGAUAUAUCCGCCACAGGGCUAGGUAGGAAAAUAUUUUUGCUUUUUCU